AUGCCGGAAAGAUGGGAGGUUCUGUUUUCUUUGUUUAUCAUUGCAGCUUUCCUCGUCGGCCAUAAUUACGACACCUCCGGCCCGGACUGCGGCCCCCAUGAGCGUUCAUGGCGCGCCGUCGUGGCACGGAAGCUCGAUGCGGACAAGGCCAAGAUACCACGGGAGUGGCGUCUGGAGAAGGCUGUGGUAGACCGGGCCAGGUCUCAACGGAAGAUCGCCGGCGAGUUCAUAAAGACGCUGCUAGACGCGGAGACAUUCCAAAUCACCGCCAUGGACGCCACGACCCUAGUCGAAAAAAUGGGCGACGGAGCUCUAACUGCAGUCCAAAUGAGCAAUUUGCUUCUCGAGAUUGGUUUUGACCUCGCCAUUGAGCGGGCGGAGGAGCUGGACAAGCAUUUCAAAAAGCAUAGGAGACUUGUCGGGCCCCUCCACGGCGUCCCAAUAACGCUAAAGGACCAGUUCCACAUCAAGGGCCUCGAAACGUCUGCCGCGUACGUCGGCUGGAUCGGCACGUUCGAGGGCAAAAAGGGGACAGGCAAGGAGAAGCACUUUGAAAGCGAGCUCGUCCGCGAGCUGAAAAGCCUGGGCGCUGUUCCGAUCGGGAAAACGACUCUUGUGACCAGCGGCUGGGCCCCAGAAACAAACAAUAACAUACUCGGAUACGCGCGAAACCCGCACAAUCAACGCCUAUCCACCGGCGGCUCUUCCGGGGGCGAAGGAGCUAUGCAGGCUCUCCGAGGCAGCGUGUUUGGUAUCGGAACCGAUGUCGGAGGAUCCGUGUCCAUGCCUGCAUCAUUUCAGGGAAUUUUUGGCUUCAAACCAUCCGUCGGCCGGAUGUCUUCCAAAGACAUUGCAGGCAUCUCUCCUGGACAGCAGGUCAUGCCGGUUGUCACGGGAAUCAUGGCGCACUCAGUCCAAACUCUGCGUCUGGUCUUCCGAGCGCUUCUCGAUACCAAGCCAUGGCUGAAUGAUCCGUACUGCUUGCCCAUUCCUUAUAGAGAGGCAAACGAGUAUGUCCCUGGGAAAGCGGCCGAAAAGCCGUCGUUUGGCUUUUUUGCCAACGAUGGCAUUGUCACCCCCCAUCCUCCAAUUUCGCGCGCGAUGAACAUUGCCAAAAGGGCGCUCGAGCAUGCAGGCUACGGGCUCGUCGAUUGGCAGCCGCCGUCGUAUAACGAGAGCAUGGCAAUACAUGGACCGAUUGCUCGUGGCGAUGGCUGUCCGGAUGCGUACGAAGCCAUCAAGCUAUCUGGAGAGCCCAUCAUACCAGAGAUCAGACGCGUCUUUCCUGGAGGGAAACCGCUGCCAUCUAUAUCGCUACGGGAACACGAACAGUUUGUGGACAGGAUGAAGACGUACCGUUCAAAGUGGAACGACUACUGGCGCUCUUCUGCUCGGAGAACCGACAACGGCCUCCCGGUGGGCGCAGUUUUGUCCCCCGUUUCCCCGUAUGCUGCAGUCUUGCCGGGCAAGUUCUACCAUUCGCCGUAUUCGAGUGCCCUGAACGUGCUCGAUUACCCAACGGUCGUCAUCCCAGUCACGUUUGCCGACAAGGACGUGGAUACUGUGGCCUCCGACUUUGAGCCGCUAACCAACGCAGACAGGAUCAACAUGGAAGCUUAUGACCCCUACGUUUACGACGGCGCGCCAGCAAGCAUCCAGCUAUUUGGGCCGCAGCUGGACGAAGAACGGCUCUUGUCCCUGGCGCAGAUUGUAGUGGACGCUCUCGAAAAGUACAAAAGAAGACGCGAUCAGUUGAUUUGA